AUGAUUGGGGGAGGAAAUAUUACAGAGAUCACUUAUUUCAUCCUUCUGGGAUUCUCUGAUUUUCCCAGAAUCCUAGCAGUGCUCUUUGUCGUAUUCCUGCUGGUCUACAUUUUGACUGUGACUUGGAACCUGUGCCUCAUCGUCUUAAUAAGGAUGGACUCUCAGCUCCACACACCCAUGUACUUCUUCCUCAGUACUCUGUCCUUCAUAGAUAUCUGCUAUGUGACCUCUAUAGCUCCCAAGAUGCUCUCCACCUUUUUCCGAGAGCAGCAGACUAUCACCUUUGUGGGUUGUGCUGUUCAGUUCUUUGUCUUUUCAACCAUGGGACUGAGUGAGUCUUGUCUCCUGACAGCCAUGGCUUAUGACCGAUACACUGCCAUUUGUAAUCCACUUCUCUAUUCAGCAAUCAUGUCACCCACCCUCUGUAUUCGGAUGGUGCUGGGAUCCUAUUUGGCUGGACUCUCUGCUUCUAUAUCCCAAUUGUGUACCAUAUUUCAGCUCCACUUCUGUGGGNAUGUCAUCAAGCACUUCUUCUGUGACAUGCCCCCACUGUUAAAUCUGUCCUGCACUGACACUUUCUUUGUACAACUGUUG